AUGAGGCUGCUCCACGCCAGCAAAUGGCACAUGGCCGACUUCAUCUCGGACGAUGCAACCCCACGAUAUGCCAUCCUCUCGCACACCUGGGGACUCGACGAGGUUACGUAUCACGCCUGGAAGAACCUGUCCAUCUCCGACAUCAAACUCAAAGCUGGAAGCGCCAAGAUCAUGGCGUGUCGCGAGCAAGCUGUCCGAGACGGGCUGGAAUGGGUUUGGGUCGAUACAUGUUGCAUCGACAAGUCAAGCAGUGCCGAGCUCACUGAGGCGAUAAACUCCAUGUUUCGCUGGUAUACAAAUGCCGAUGUGUGCUAUGUUCUGCUUUCCGAUGUAGAGGCAACGUCGGAUCAUGCCGUACUGGAAGAGCGCAUGGCAAAAAGCCGUUGGUUCACUCGCGGAUGGACUCUGCAAGAGCUGCUCGCACCACCACCAGAGAAGCUCAUCUUCUAUUCCAGUCAGUGGACCAGGCUCGGCUCCAAAACGGAUUUCGUCGACAUUGUUUCAUCCAUCACCAGGAUAAACAAACAAUAUUUACAGGGUCAAGACUUGAGACAUGCGAGCGUGGCGCAGAAAAUGUCAUGGGCAGCACUGCGUCAGACCUCGCGACUAGAAGAUGUUGCUUAUUGCCUCUUGGGAUUGUUUGACAUCAACAUGCCCAUGAUCUACGGCGAAGGCGAUAGGGCAUUCAUUAGACUCCAAGAAGCCAUCAUGACCUCAACCCCAGACGAUCACAGUCUGUUUGCGUGGGGGCCAAUCCUCGACGAGGCGGAUAUCGCGUCCAAGGUUACAAACUACUCGGAAGUUCACCAAAAGGAGCCCCCACGACCAGACUCGACCACAUGUGAGCUGGAGUUAUUCGGCUUGCUCGCCGCGUCCCCGAAAGACUUUGAGCACUCGGGCGAUAUUAUUGUGUCACGAGAGGCGGCUCGAUUCUACAAGAGCCCAGACAAUCCAAACGUGCCCACGAAGAUUGGCCGCGACGCAUUUCGCCUCGAUCUGCCAAUGUGGCAGCAAACGAUUCAUGCAUUGUAUCACUGGAAGGGACCGGAUAUAGCCCAAACUCGAAUCCUCGACUACGCUGCUUUAUUGUGCCAUUUUGAAGAUGACCCUUCAUCGUCAAGCUCAGUAAUUCUCCCACUAUUGUCAAACGGCGGCUGGACAGUGAGUCGCCCUCGCACCCUGUGCUACCGACGCAGGCAGGGCAUCAUAUUUUCAUCAGUGUCAAAGAAGAAGACUAUCUCUAUUGCUCCUGAAAUGAAAAUUAAUUUCCGCAGUGGAGAUGUCAUCUUCCGUCGAAUGGUAUGCAGCAGUCCAAUCCAGAAUAUAGGUUACAAUAUGGCAGGCGGCAGUUGGUACGAUUUGGACGGCGCCAUCGGCUUCUUGUCUUCGUCUAGUCCCCAACACAGAGAUGGAAGAAUGCUUACGCUGAAUUACAAACUGUCAGAUAAGGAUGACAGAGGAAUGGCUGUUGUCUUCCAUCGUUUGCCGACUGAUGACCAGAUGUUCAUAGAAGUCAUACCAGUCAAUUUCUCUGGCAAAGAAAUCGAGAGUGGUGAUAUGACAUGGUAUUCGUCUACGACACUGAAUCAAGCGACUCCCACGUUUACUCGUUCCAUGGCUCUUCCUUCCGAUGAGUGGCAUGUGCAGAGAAGUCCAAUGCCCGAUGUGUACCUGCGCUCUGAGAGAGUCUCAAUAGAUGGAAGUGAUGGCUUUGUCGAUGUCCUGGAUCUUUUAGUUGGGUUUAACCUAGACUAG